CCCCCGCACCGUCCCGGGGCCGGGCCGCCACCCCUCCCGCCGCCGCUCCCCUGCCCGCCCCCGCCGUUCCGCCCCCGGCCGCCGCUCCCGCCCUGCCCGCCACUGACGCAGCCGUGCCGCACCAGCUCAACAUGGCGGCGGCGCGGCGCUGAGCGGCGCAGGGCGACAAGGGCCGCCAGGGUAUUUAAAUUUCUGAAGCCAUGGGAGUAAAAGUCCAGAGACCUCGUUGCUUUUUUGACAUAGCCAUCAACAAUGUACCUGCUGGAAGAGUGGUCUUUGAAUUGUUUUCAGAUGUGUGUCCAAAGACAUGUGAAAAUUUUCGCUGCCUUUGCACAGGUGAAAAGGGUACAGGAAAGUCCACCCAAAAGCCAUUGCAUUACAAAAGUUGUCUGUUUCACAGGGUUGUGAAAGACUUUAUGAUCCAAGGAGGUGACUUCAGUGAAGGAAAUGGCAGGGGAGGAGAAUCCAUAUAUGGUGGCUUUUUUGAAGAUGAAAGUUUUGCUGUAAAGCACAACAAAGAAUUUCUCCUUUCAAUGGCCAACCGAGGGAAAGAUACAAAUGGUUCACAAUUCUUUAUAACAACUAAACCUACACCUCAUUUAGAUGGACAUCAUGUUGUUUUUGGACAAGUCAUCUCAGGUCAGGAAGUUGUGAGAGAAAUAGAAAACCAGAAAACAGAUGCAUCUAGUAAACCAUAUGCUGAAGUCCGCAUACUGAGCUGUGGAGAGUUAAUUCCAAAAUCCAAAGCCAAGAAAGAAGAAAAGAAGAGACACAAGUCAUCUUCCUCAUCCAGUGACUCUGAAAGUUCAAGUGAUUCAGAAUCAUCAUCUGAUUCCUCAUCGGAUUCUGAGAGUGCUUCGGAAGAGAAAUCUAAAAAACGAAAAAAGAAACACAAAAAAAAUUCCAAGAAACAUAAGAAAGAAAAGAAAAAGAGAAAGAAAAGCAAGAAAAGCUCUUCCAGUGAAAGUGAAGAUGAAAACACUGAAGCACAGCCAUUAUCUACUGUCCGUCCUGAAGAAAUUCCUCCUGUACCUGAAAACCGGUUCCUGAUGAGGAAAAGUCCUCCUAAAGUAGAUGACAAAGAAAAAGAGAGGAAAAGCAGAGAAAAGGAAAGAGAAAGUAAUCUAUCAAAUUCCCAGUCAAUGUACCAGAGGAGACUGUUAGUGACCAGAUCUGGAAGGAAAAUUAAAGGAAGAGGACCAAGGCGUUACCGGACGCCUUCCAGAUCCAGGUCAAGAGAUCGUUUCCGACGCAGUGAAACUCCUCCACAUUGGAGGCAAGAAAUGCAAAGAGCUCAAAGAAUGAGAGUGUCUAGUGGAGAAAGAUGGAUAAAAGGGGACAAGAGUGAAAUAAAUGAAACCAAGAAAGAUAAUCAAAAGAGCCCAGGAAGAGGAAGAGAGAGAAAAAUAUCAGACCACAGACAAGUUUCUGAAAGUCCAAGCCGAAGAGGGGAAAAAGAGAAGAAAAAAGAUCACAAAUCCAGCAGUAAAGACAGGGAGACAAGAAGGAAUUCAGAUAAAGAUGAUAAGCAUAACAAAAGCAAGGCCAAGAAGAGAGCUAAAUCUAGAAGCCAUAGUAAAAGCCGAGAGAAAUCAAAAAGUAAAGAAAGAGACUCCAAGCACAGUAGACAUGAUGAAAAGAGAAUAAGAUCAAGAAGCAAAGAGAGAGACCAUGAGAAAGGCAGAGAAAAAGAAAAGCGCUAUGAUUCUAGAGGGAGAGAUAAAGAAAGAAGUAGGAGCAAGGAGAGAAGUAAAAGGGCAGGCUCAAGAAGUAAUGAACAAGAGCAUAGGAAGAGCAGAGACAGGGAGAAACGUAAGUCAAGAAGCAAAGAGCGUGAGCAUGCUAGAGGAAAACAUAGUUCCAGCAGUAGAACAAGGGAUCGAAGCAAAAGCCGAGAUAGAGGUAGGAGAGGAAGAUCAAGAAGCAGGGACAGGGAUCGUAGUAGAAGUAAAGACUACUCAAGGAAUAGAGAUAGAGAAACAAGAAGAAGAGGAAGAUCAAGAAGCAGAGAAAGGAGAGGUACACCAGAUAGAUACAGAGGAAGAGAAAACAGGAGGAGGAGAGACUCAAGGAGUUCAGAGAGGGAUGAAAGUCAAAGCAGAAACAGAGAUAGGUAUUCAAAUAGGGAAAGUAGAAGCUCAUAUAAGAGGAAUGAUAGUGAAAGCCAAAGGAAGAGGCGUUCAAAAAGCCGUGAAAGUAGUAGUCCUGAAUCUAGCAAAGAUAAGAAGUCUAGCAGAGAUCAGGAUAGAAGUCCAGACUCAAAAAAGAGACCAAGUAGCAAAGAGAGAGAAUCAAAAAAGUCAUAUUCACGCAGCAGUAAAGAAAAGGAAAAGACCAGAUCCUCAGCAGAAAAAGAAAUAAACCAAAAAUCAAAGAGUCAGGAAAGAGAUAAUGCCCCUAGUAAGGAUAAAAAGUCUGAUCAUGAAACAAGUCCUGGAACAGAUGACGACAGGCAUGGAUGAGUUUGUGGACUUAAUGUUUCCAUUGUCUCAAAGUUUUAGAGACAUUUUGGGGAACGCCUUUUUUAAAGAUGCAGACUUCAGUUUGGUCUUUUGAUAAUCUAAAACCUGGAUCAUUUGUACUGCUAAAGUUUUAAUAAACUUGAAAUGAAAAACAAAUUAUAUGUGUAAUACAGUGUGCUGUGUUUUAAGUACUUCAUUGAAUUUGUAUCCUUAUGUGUUGUCAGCUAGAAAGGUAACUUCUAUGCCACAUUUAUUUUUUACCUGAUGAACAUAGUUCAGUGCAAGCAAUGGCUGCCUGUGAAGAGGCUUGUUCCAUAUGUGAAGAAGAAAGCUGCAGAUAUACUACAUGUCAUCUUAAAGCUAGGAGACUGUUGCAAGGUGUCCAUUACUCCAGUGUUGCUCCAUCUGUAUUUCAGUAGGUAUAAAUCCUAAGGAAAUUUAUUUAUAGAGGUAAAUUAUGCUAGUUUUAUUUUAAUCACAAAGUGAAUUAAUUUAAGUAAAUCUUCAUUGUUUGUAUUUCUGUCACUGCCAAUAGUAGAAUUCAUUCAUAUUGUAAGGCAGUCAUCUGUUUGGAAGUUAUUUGCUUGUCCUAAAGAAUAUUUUUAAAUGCUCAUCAGUGUAACUUUCUUCCCUGUAACCUUUUUCUGUUCCAUGCUUUCGUGUUUGUCUACUGCAGAAAAUUCAGCUUGGAGGCUUCAGACUGCUCUGUCUCACUUGCUGACUAGUGGAUCCACAGAGAGGAAACAGAUUACCAGAAUUUACAGUGGGUGUUAGAGUAAGGAAUCAGGAAAUCCUUUCAAAUCUUGCUCCUCAAGUCUAAGACAAAACUAUUGCUAUUCUCCAGUAUUGGUUUUUGGAGUAGUUGCAACAGAAUUUCGAGUAAUGUUUUAAGACAGGCUCUUAAUAUUUAUUUUGUUUUUAAACUGAAAUUUGCUUUCCUUCCAGUUUCCCUUCAUUCUAAAGACCAUACUGUGAAUUCCGUCUCAUUCUCUACUACGUGUGUUUGUCCCUCAAACCAAUUCCCUCCCUUUUCUGCUUUCCUCUCCUGCCUGUGGGUCCCACCCCAGUUUCUAUUUCACCACCAGGCCUUCAUGUCAAAGAGAAAGAGUUUGGCUUGUGUUGCUGCAGGAGUGUCCCAGUGUGUGCAUCCCCAAAGAGCAGCUGGUAUGUGGUGACUUAACAAAGUGGGCCAACAGGAGGAGAGAUUUGAUACAAACACCAACACUCCUUCCAGUCCUUUGAACUAUUCACACCAAAGGCUGGCAAAUCUUUAAAGUCCUGAAGAGAAGUGACAAGCAUUAAUGUUAAGCUGUGUCAAAGCAAGACAAUAUUGUAAUAGUUGAAAUUUUUGCCAGAUCUUUCACUGUGUGACAUAACUUGUUUUUACUGUCUUUGUUAUGAGCUUGUCAACAUUUUCACUCUAUAAGACAGUUUAUGAUCAGUGUGUAAACAGUCUAUGUUUACAGCAGAUUAGCUGAAUUCAGCAGAAUUGCUGAAACUUGGCUUUACAUUGUGAUCCAGCAGUUGUUACUCCAAAGGAAAAAAGUUAUGUCUUGAAAGCAAAAGAAAACAGAGGAUUAUGAACAACUUAAGCAGCAUUUUUAAAGGAAGAAAACUAGAAGUAUAUAGAGUUACUUUCUAGCAGAAUAGUUAGUGGAGCUGCUUUGGCUAUCAAGUGCUUUUUCCCCUAUGUUUUAGUAUGAAUUUUGCAUAGGAGUGAUCAUUUUAUGCAGAAUGUUUAAAAAUGUUCCCAAGUCCACAUGUGGUUGGAUGAUACAGCUGUUACUUAAGAGAACUUAGGAGUGAAUCAAAGACCUGUAUAGUGGACCUGUUCUGUCUGAACUUUGGAGGACUUUGGAGACGUUGUAGUCCUAUUUUGGGGGACUGUAGUAAGAAAAAGGUAGGAAGUUAAGCUUCAGAAAUUGUGUGGCAGCCUAAACAAAGCCUUCCUUGGUACAUUUAUACUGUGCUAUGCAUGCCAUGCGCUUCAAGAGUCUCAUUUAAAAUCUGUUUGCAAUGUUCUUUCGUUAUUUUUAACGGAGCUGAGACACAAGCUGUUGCUGAAAAAGUAUGUUUGCACUAAUGAGAAUAUUCUUGCCAAUACCACUAAAGCUCGUAUAAGCAUGCAAACAAAACAGUCUGCAACUAUAAUGACUGCCGUAGAAGGGAGGAAAUGCAAGCAGUCAGCAAUACAGCAAUACAUAGAAAUUGUUAAAAAAACCCAAAACAACAGUCUUUAAUUUAAAAUCUCAAAAUGGAGAUUGCAUCCAGUUAUAUCUUGCAGUUGUAACUAGUUAUUUCAAAAUAUGCACUUCUGUACCCUUUCAUGUGGACUUUUUUCUUUGUUACAAUUCAGAAAAUUAUUUGUACAAAUUAAAAGGAACUCUAAUUCUUCCAUA